CUGUCAAGUGUCAAGUGCACACUGCUGACUGCACGUUUUGAGUCGUUUUGGUUAAAAAAUAAUACCUAAUAUAAAAAUUUCAUUUUUCUCACCAUAUUAUGUUAAAUAUUAAGUUUGUUUUACUCUAAUACAAGCCAACUUACGGUUUAAACUAUAAGAUAAUCCUUCAAGAUGACCUCCACAUCCUUAAAGGAGCAAUUACAGAAGCUUACUGUACCUCAAUCGUCAAUAUAUAAGGAAGAUAAGAGGAAAGCAUCCUUACUUUUUGACCCGAAGGAAGCGGCUUCAAAAGACCGUGAUACUUUUUACGAAAUCGGUCUUAGCGGUCUUAAAGAGUUAAUCGCUUUAUACGAAGGAUUCCGUGUUUAUGAGGAUGCCUUAUUUAGCAUAGCCUCUAAAGAUUUCGAACGCGCCGUUCAGAGUAAAGAAGUGAAUCAAAACUUGGAUCAGACUAUAGAAAAGUUCUUACUCCAACUGUCUCCAUAUUUUUUAUUACAGUCAGCUCAUAAAGCUUUAGAAUGGCUUGUAAAUAGAUACCAUAUACAUCAGUACAACCAGGAUGCUAUAAUUGCACUAAUUCUUCCAUAUCACGAGACCAAGAUCUUUAUUCGAUGCUUGCAGCUUUUUAGAUUGAAAGGUACACGCUGGGAAUGGUUACAAACAAUUCAGAAGAAUGGAAUCCCACUAUCGAAACAGAUUUUACAUAAUCAAUGUGUGACUAAUACUGCUACGUUGGACUUCAUUGCAACAAAUACUUCUAAAUAUGUCACAGAAUAUGGUGAAAGAGCUACACAACUGAACACAGUCUUUGCAUUCUUCUGCACAACAGCCAUUGGAACUUUAAAUACAGCUCAUCAUGUUUCGGAAGCUAUGAUAAGUGCAAUCCUGCCAACCAUCUCAAAAGGUCUUGAAUCCCCUAUUAUAGACUACAGAUCGUCAGCUUACAUGGUACUUGGAUAUCUAUCAACAAAAUCAUCUUUUAAAAAGAAAACAAUCAAUGAACUUAUUGUUAGGUUACUGACUGCCGAGUUUCAUCUAUCAUACUAUGACGUUAUUUUACUUAUUAAUGUGAUUUAUACAAACCAGAAACAUUUAACAAAGAUGCCCGAGAAUGUGUUGUCCAAUAUUUCUAUAGAUGUGAUGCACUCUAUAUGCAAACAAUUGAAAAAAUUAGUUGAAAUUAAUGUAAAUAUUCAUGUGUUUAGUAUGGUAUUCUUGUCGAGCGUUGUAUCAAUUUUGCAAAGGAAUAUUGAAGAUUUCCGAAGGUUCAGCCAGUUGCCAGAAAUCUUUAUAGAUGAAGUGGACCUUAGAAAUCAGCAACCUGAAAAGAUAAUCAAACAAAUACUAGAUGUGUUGAAAUGUCCCAAACAUGAUGAUGUGGAAGAUGAAAGUGACGUAGAGAUAAUUGAUGAUGAGGGUGAUGGGUUUUCAUCUAAGUUACUGGUAUGGUUCUCACAGUUUUUGAAAAAUAUUGAAACCAAGUACCCAAAUGCAUUCGACAAAGUCAUAAAGAAAGAAAUGAGUUCAGACAGUAAACUAUCUAGCAAAAAACAACACCAUCUCUCAAAGUUGUUAAGUUUCAAACCUGCAGUGGCUCAUAAAGUUGGAGGGACAUACCUUUUCGAGAAUUUGAAUUCUGUAAAUCCACAAUUGAGAGUAGAGGCUGUAAACUAUGUUGCAAAUGAGUUUGAGGCUCUAAAAGUAGUAGACAAAGACUUUCUUAAAGACUCCAUUAUUAACAGAAUAAAAGAUGACAAUUCAGAUGUUGUUCUGGCUGCGUUAGAAAUCUCAAGUGAAAACCUUCAAGAAGUUUUGAGUGAAAAUGAUUUGACAGAUUUGAUUGUGAAUAUAACUGCAAGGGAUUCAAAGAAAUGGUCUCAUGUUAUCAAGAAAGCAAUAAGCAAAUUUUGUAUGUUAGAACGUCUGCCUGUAAAUCAAGAAGUUGUAUUUUCUGUCAUGCCAUACCUAUUUGCUAAAGACAAUGAAUCCGCACAGUUCGCACACCAAUUACUUUCUUCAGUGUGGGCUAAAAAUCUUAGACUUACAAAUAAAGCAAUUGGUUUAAAUAAUUUUAAAAACCACAAUACAUUAAAUGAAAAAGUAUUCAAAGCUUUAUUUGUUGAUAGAAUCGUGACUUUCGAUGAUAUUCUUAAUCCAACUCUUUUGAACAAAGACAGUGUUCUCGAUAUUUGCUUAUAUGUGCUUCUUAAAACUUCUUCAUCUAAUAAAUUAACUACAGAAGAAGCAAUAGAGAUUUUGAACAUUAUAUUGGAGUCAGUUGAAAGCAGAACUAUUGUUACAUGUGAUGAAACAACAUUUUGUUCCAAGACAAUAGUGGAAUUUAUGAAGCUUGCAACAAAAAAUAAAAUUUCGUUUGAAGUUAUGGAGUAUGUGUUCUUAAGAGUUAUAGAUCAAGUGACGGUUGACGCUGUAACAAAGCCUUGGUGUAACAUACUAAACACACCAGAAACAGUUCUUAUCAAGCGAUUGUAUGAAAUCUUUAUCACUGGGUGUAGCAUUCAACAGUAUAACAAUAGGUAUGCAAAAUUACUACAAAAGCUUCUAGAGAAAUUGUUCAAAAGUCCAAAAGAGAAGUUCGAUUUCUUGGCUAACUUUGCUUGUGGUCAUAUAUUGUACGCUUUAGACGCAAAAGACGUGAUCAGUCCAGAACUUCAACUGAGGACUUUGAAAUUAAUGACAAACUUUUUAAACCUGAGCAAUAAUGCUGAAUGGAUUUACAGUUCUGAUGUCCUUAUCUUAACAAUAUUAUUUGAUUUAAAUAAUCCAGUUGCGCCAAUCCGACAAUGUGUAAUAGAACUUGUACAGAAAAUUUUAAACACUAAUCCUGAUAAAAAAUUAAUUUAUGUGCAGUUGUUACAACAACUAAUGGAUCAUAAAGAAGAGUUAAUAUUGGACCAUGAACAACUUCCUCAAGUUUUGAAGACUAUUUUGACAAACCAGUCAAUAGGCAAUAAGUUGUUUAGAAAGAAUUGUCUGGUGAAGUUGACUGGAAUCCUCACUAGUGAUACACCAAGUCAUGUAAAAUCAGCUUUAGUAAAAGUUCUAUCUGGUGUUAUUAAUUCCAAUACAUUUUGCUACAUCAUGCCAGCCUUAAACAUUUUAGAGAAGAGAAUGACACAUAAUGAACUUGACAAGAAAAUAACUUUUGACAUUUACGAAUCUAGUUUAGUAAGAAUUAUUUACGGUCAUAUAAAUGAAACUACAGUAUCUUCGUUUAGCAAAGAUCAAGUGUGGAAAUCUAUUGAAAUUGGUCUGAAAGAAUACAGAGAAUGUGUCUUGAAUGAGGACCAAUCUUUCGUGAGUCCUUGUAUUCUAAUACUAAGGGAAAUUAAUGAAAAUGUGUUCAAGAAAGUCCCGGAAAAAAAGUGUAAAGACCUAAUCCGUCUUAUUACACUAGCUGGUGCAUUUAGCAAUAAUUCAACGAUAUCAAGUGCAGCAUCGAAGGCUAUGAAGAAACUACACAUACACUUUAAGGACUUUAAGUCUAUUCUUGAAGGAAUGUUACACGCGCAAGAUCCUUUAGCGAACGUAGCUAAAAAGAAAAAGGCGACGAUAUCAAUGCUUUCUUAUCAACUGGCUGAGACAGAUAACUGGCGCCUUGGGGUUACACUACUAGAAUAUGUCCAAAGUAAAAAGAAAAUGACGGUAGAUACUGCAUUUGUAACCAUUUUGUUCCAACUGCUAAGUAAAUGUCUCAGAUUCGAGGAGCAGUCUUAUGUUGAAUACACCAAACAGUUACUUCUUUCAUCCCUUUGGUAUUUCUGCAAGCAGUUUGUGAGCGACACCGAUAAAGAACAAUUGAAGGCCAUUAAAAACAUUUUCGACGUGGAGACGAUCGUCCAAUGUAUAAGAGGAACCCAGAAUCCUCAAACCCAACACCACGCGCUGAUUAUUUUAACACAUGCCGCGUAUAUGUUACCAGAACAAGUCCUUAACCACAUUAUGGAAAUAUUUACUUUUAUGGGUUCUUCCGUUCUAAGACAUGACGAUGCCUACAGUUUCCAAAUAAUAACUAAAAUUAUUGAAACUCUCAUACCGAUUCUGGUAAAACUGGACAAAAAUAUUGAAGACUAUAAAGAAAAAGAAUUGCAACAAUUAGAAAAGCGUGUAGUGCCCGUUCUUCGUAUAUUUGCUGACGUAGUCUUACACGUGCCUGAACAUAGACGGUUGCCCCUGUACAAGAAGCUCAUGGAAACUAUUGGUCCAAAUCAGUUUCUUUGGGUAUUCCUCGCGUUGUUGCUAGAGACACAUAUCACGCAUUUCAAUGACAAUAAAAAGAAAGACAAAAGACCGCUUAGAACCUUAGCUGACCGGGAAUCGCCGAUAAAUAGAAUGGACUUCGGGCAAAGCAUUUUACUAGAGUUCCCACCUGAAGUUUGUUUUGAAAACUUUAUAAAACUAACCACUUAUAUGAAGUCUUUGCCUUUACAAAAGGACGAGGAUUAUAUGGACACGAAUGUGGAUCCCGGUGAUAUAUUCAGUGUCAGCGGCCACACACCGAUUCAGCUAAGGCACUACAAAUAUGUUAUUGUCACUUUUAUGACCACUUGUAUAUCUUCGUCAAGGUUCAUCCACCAUUGCAGUCAAGCCACCGAUCUUAAAGCGAUGGAAAAUAAUUACAAAACAUUUAUUAUAAACAUUCUGACGUUCAUUCAGAGUAUAUCAAAAGUCGGUGACGAGAAAACCGCGAAGUAUUGGCGCGUGAUGCUACACCAUAGUUACGAUCUGUUGGACCAUACUAACAAUUUGCUAACAGCUCCCAUGUUUUUGUCAGUUAUCCGCGGCCUGUUGAAGCAUAAUUUACAAACUGUACGUCGAAAGUCAAUGGAGUUGUUGAAUACUAAAAUACAGUUCAGUCCAGAUAUGUUUGCCAGUGUUGAUAGAAAUUUGCUGUUUUCUAUACUCCCGGCUCUAUUAGACAUCGUUAAAACAAUCGAAGUUAAAAACGACAGCUUAGACGAAAAUACGGCUCAAGAAUUGGAACUAAAUCAACAGACCGCCCUCUUAUCUUUGAAAUUAUUAACGCGGAUGUUGGCUUCAGAGAAUCCUGGACAGUUUAAACCAGUUUUAGAAACUGUUACAAACUACACAUGCAAUCCGAAUAUACCCGGAAAUGUGAUGGCAUCCAUUGUCUUAUGCUUGGCGGAAUUGUGCGGAAAUUUGAAGGCGCACGCAUUAAGCAGUUUGAGAAAAUUCAUGCCAGCUUUAAUAAAAGUUCUUAAAAAACAACGCAAAGCUGAAACUCCCGAAUUAGUGUUACUGAGCACUGUGACAGCUAUAUCUAAGAUUGUGGAGAGUCUACCGUUGUUUUUGAGUCCCUAUUUACAGAAGAUUUUGUAUGAAUACGCAUUGUUGCUGUCGAAAUGGCAAGCCUGUGACCAAGAGUGCAGUAAAGUAUCCGCUAUUGUAUCAAAGUUGAUUAAUAUAAAGAAGAAAAUCGCGACUUCUAUUCCUCCACGAGUUUUGACACCAGUAGCGAAUGAGACGCACCAGUUGAUUUUAGAGAAGGGAAAUUUGGACGCUAUCGGUCCUGUUAUGUCCGUUUUGGCAGAUAGUUUCGCGAACAUAACAACAGCGGACUUCACAGCAUUGCAACAUGACUUGACAACGUUCUUCUUGUCAGCUCUGGAACUGCGAAGUGAUGGGCCUGAAAAAAAUUUGGACAUGAAUGUAAUUGAUAGAGCGGAGGAAGAAGUUGUCAAUGCACUCGUGAGCUUGGUUCUGAAACUCUCGGAGACCAGCUUCAGGCCGUUCUAUUUCAAAAUAUAUGACUGGGCCAUCAGAUCUAAUGUAGAUGGAAAGAAAGACCGAGCGAUAACGUUUUAUAGAAUAAGCUGUGCAAUCGCUGAUAAAUUGAAAGGUCUGUUCGUCCUAUUCGCCGGCCAUUUCAUCAAAAACGCAGCUGAUCUGUUGGAUUCAUGCAACAACAGCAAAAAUGAACAACUUUACUUUGACUCCGACGAAAAAUGCAUAUCCCUCAUUAACUAUAUAAUAAAAACUUUGCACAUAGUUUUUCUAUAUGACAGCCAGAGUUUUCUGAAUAAGGAUCGAUUUGAGACCCUCAUGCAACCGGUGGUCGAUCAGUUGGAAAAUACAGUGGGAGGCAUUUCGAGUCUUAAGUCAAGGGCAACAGAGAUGAUAAUCCCUUGCAUAUCUCAGUUCGCUGUGGCGGUCGCGGACGAUUCGCUCUGGAAACUUCUUAACUAUCAAGUUUUGUUGAAGACUAGGCACAAUGAAGCUGAAAUAAGGCUAACAGGUUUGGAGUGCCUCGUAGCGAUGGCGUCGCAACUGGGUAGCAACUGGCUCCCUCUACUGGCGGAGAGCGUGCCCUUCCUCGCGGAGUUGCUCGAGGACGGCGACCCGAGGAUUGAGGGCGCCACCAAGACCGCCGUGCGCACGCUCGAGCAAAUACUGGGCGAACCGCUCGAGAAAUACUUUUAAUUAACAAUAAAAUUAUUUUUAAGUAC